AUAAAAAAAAAUUUAAUUUCAAUGCGUCAUUUAAUCAAACGAAGCUGCUAUUUCACCCUGCCGUAAAGCUGUGUGCCGUAUUACAGUUGAUGUUGUUGUGGGGAGCCGCACUAGACGAAGGAUGUGGAUAUUCAAAUUCAAUAUUUUGGCAUUUUUAUUAUUUUUUGGGGGACUUUAUAGCUCAUUUGCUCUUCAGGAUGUAACGGCCGACCUUUUUGGUGCCGAAAAUUUCGGGACGGUGGCAGCGUUUGGAGAUUUUUACGCCGAUAAGCAGACGGAUAUGUUCAUCAUCAGAGAGCAGACUGAACUGGUGAUAUUCUUGGCUGACUCGAAAAUACCUUACUUCAAGCCGAAAGUCAACAUCACAAAAGACAUUUUUCCAAAGAACACCAUCAUCACCGGUGUGGUUCCUGGGGACUAUGAUGGAGACUCUCAGAUGGAUGUCCUUCUUACAACUCAAAUCCAGAACUCCAAGAUGACAACUGUUUUCAUCUUUUGGGGGAACAACCAGACAUUAGAUAUGAGUGGGUGGCUCAUGCUGAACAAGACCUUUGCAGAUCAGCCUCUUGUUAUGGAUUUCAAUGGAGACAUGAUACCAGACAUCUUUGGAGUCACCGUCUCCCCAGACACAGAAGUGUGCUAUCUCACCAAAAGGACUCCACAGUGGCAGAAAGCAUUAAGUUCAUCUGUCAACAUGCGCAUUCCUCACUCCAACGCUUUCAUUGACCUCAACAAGGACUUUACCGCUGAUUUGUUCCUGACAACUGACGGGCCUAAAUUCGAGUUCUGGAUCAGCAAGGAUGGGAACUUCAUCAGACAAGAUGAUGUCAUGCCAGCCAAUCCCCCAGACAAACCCCCAGCAGCGCUCAUUGGACAGUCCUCGUUUGUCGACUUCGAUGGAGACGGCUACCAGGACCACGUCCUCCCCGUGUGUUUGGAUGACGCCUGUCGACGCAGUGCCAUCUACAUGGCCAAGUUAGGCUCAAAAGAGUGGGUACCAGUGCUGUCAGAUUUCCAGCGGAGGGAAACGAUUUGGAGCUUUGUGCCAGGGACACCCAGCCAACCCCUGGCCCUGCACUUCGGGGACUACAACCUGGACGGUUUCCCUGAUGCCCUGGUGGUCCUUCGCAACACGAGUGGCAGUGGUCAGCAGGCCUUUCUGUUGGAGAACGUGCCCUGUAACAACGUCAGCUGCCACAGUGUGGGAAGGAUGUUCCACAUCCACUGGGACCAGUCAGAUUUGGGAGCUAUCCAAAACGCCAUCAUGGCAACAUUCUUUGACAUCUAUGAGGACGGUAUAUUAGACAUGCUGGUUCUGAGCAAGGCAGAGGGCAAAAGCGACUUGAUCAUCCACGCCUUGAAGAACAAUUUUGAAGCUGAUGCCUACUUUGUUAAAGUGAUGGUGCUCAGCGGCCUCUGCUCCAAUGACUGUCCUGAAGAUGUCAAGCCUUUUGGUGUCAACCAACCAGGUCCCUAUGUCAUGUACACCACAACGGACCCCAAUGGCUACCUGAAAAACGCCUCAGCUGGUCAGUUGAGCCAGUCGGCUCACUUCUCCCUCCAGCUGCCCUACACUGUGCUGGGCCUCGGACGCAGCGCCAACUUCCUGGACCACCUUUUCGUCGGCAUCCCCCGGCAGUCUGGAGAGACGGAAAUAAGGAAGAAGGAGUGGACGGCCAUCAUUCCUAACUCUCAGCUCAUCGUCAUACCCUUCCCACACAAUGAGCCCCGCAGUUGGAGCGCUAAGUUGUACCUGACUCCUAGCAACAGCGUGUUGCUGACGGCCAUCGCACUAAUCGGAGUGUGCGUCUUCAUCCUCGUCAUUAUUGGCAUCCUCCACUGGCAAGAGAAGAAAGCAGACGACCGAGAGAAGCGACAGGAAGCCCACCGUUUCCAUUUUGACGCCAUGUGAAGAAAGAAAACUGCAUCUGGGGAGAACUCUCUCUCUUGUGCUCCUCCUUCGCCUCCUCCUCACUCUAAUUCCCCCUGCGCACACAAAAUUUCACUCCGACUCAUUUCAGGGGCCAAUAAAUGGAUCCUCAUUUGCCCCAAAACGUUUCUUUUUGAUAUUUUCCAGUCCUUCAGUCAGAUGUGAAAUAUUUAUGUUCCGUUUCAUUUAUUCAUUCCAGUGUUAGAUGUACAGGAGCUGCAACAAGGCCAUGGAGACACAGAGAAAUCCUAACGGAGAUCACUCAUGAGUUUUAAGCAGAGAUUUCUUUGGACAGGCUGUAUUCAGCAGCAUGAUCAUCAGUGGUGUUAUUAAAUUAGAGUAUCACUUUGACAAAAUCAUGCCCAACAAGUUACUCUAACAUUGUAAGCUGUUUGUUUAAUCACUGGAAGGGAAGCACUUUUAGCACCGAGUGUUUAAAUGUGUACUAUUACUUGAAAUCCGUGUGCGAGUUACUGUACCAUCGUCUUUGUCUCGUUGAUUUACUUCGAUCUUUUUCAUUUGACUGAGAUAACGUAAAGACAUUCUUCCGAUUUUAUUACCUGUGAAAUUAAACUGAAAUGUAUUGUGUGUUUUCAGCCUUGCAGCAGUUACAGGAACAAAAGUGAACAAAAAAAUUGACACAUGCAACAUCAUGAUUCUGGGGAACAUUUUUCUGCUACCAAUCUCACCAAAAAUGAUGAAUUGCCUUCAGGUCUGCAGAGUGCAAAUUCAUCUUUUUCUCAGCCGAUCGUAACCCAGGGCGUUGUGUGAGUGCCAAAAAAGAGUUCCUAUGUUGCAUCCUGCUAAUUUCUAAUGCUACUGCAUCAAGGCUCAGCAAAUAGUUGAUUUCUUGCAGUUUGGUCAACAUGAAGUUUUAAGUUUUGUUUUAUUUGUAAUGUUAACCAGGCCUUUCCUUGGGUUUGCACUUUUUAACUAAUGAUUAACUGCAGGUGUGUGUAAUAUAUUUUGUUUUGCAGAUUUGAUUUGUAAAUGAAUGUUGAAGCUACUAAACGUGUUUACUUACUGAAGUUGAGAAUAAAGGUUUGUCCUGCUUAAAUCAA